UUUUUAAGUAAUCAAUAAGAAUUUGCACUUUUUGAAAAGUGCAGAAAGUGUAGAUAACGAGAACAGAAUUAAUAAGUAUUUGUAUUUUUUGAAAUGUGCAGACUUUCAUUGGUUAUUUAAAAAUAUCAUGGAAUAAGAUCUUGUACUAUUUGAAAAGUGUAGGAAGUGUGUAGGUACCGAGAAUAAACUUAUUGUGGUGUGUCGUAAAAUGCGCGUACCGCAAGGCGCCGCGAUCGCAAGCGAUUUACUUGAGGCGUUGACCUAUUUUCAGUUAGAAGCUGCACUUAUUCGUAACGCGGUGUAAAACAAAUAAUGAGAAUUAACGCUACGAAAAUGAGCACUCCGAUUGAGGAGAAGAUCGACCAGAAACUCAAGGUAUUGAGAUGCAGUUUCUAUUGGUAACCUUAUGAGUGAAUAAUUAUUUUAUUUCAUAAUUUUUAAAAUCAAUAUGUCGAAGGUGUAUUAGAUGUGUUCAUUCGACGGUUCAACAUUUAAUUUUGUUAUCGCAUGUUCAUGUUAUCCGAAAAAUGACAGUUACUGUACAAAAUUGCAGAAAUUUAAUCAUGUUUAUAUGAUUUUAUAAGGCGAAGAAUCCGUAACGCGUAUCUGCACGGUAUAAUCAGACCUGUAGAAUUUAUGUUUACGUAUAAAAAGAUACUUAAACAAGUAAUAGUUUUUACUAAGGAGUAUUAGUCUGAAAUAAUUAGUCGGUGGUAAUAAAUUUCCUAAUGUUAUAUGGUAAGGUCAGGCAUGGUGACAGUCAGCGAUGGGAAAAGUAAGCCUAUACCAAUGCGUUUGCAUUUGUCUAUGGAAGUUCUAAAAUUGCAAAGGGAAGACUUGGAGCAGGCAGCAAACCACAAUAAACCACCCUUGGAUGCCAAAGAACGAAUGGUUCAAAUUACACGACAAAAAGUGGGCGGAUUAGGACUCAGCAUAAAAGGAGGCGCAGAACAUAAACUUCCAGUACUUAUAUCUAGGAUUUAUAAGGGUCAGGCUGCAGAUAAUUGUGGUCAACUCUUUGUAGGCGAUGCCAUCAUUAAGGUUAAUGGAGAAUAUAUAACAGCUUGCAAUCAUGAUGAUGCUGUUAAUAUUCUACGAAACGCUGGAGAUUUAGUUGUUUUAACAGUAAAACAUUACCGAGCUGCCAAACCAUUCCUCCAGAAAUGUGAGAAAGAAGAGAAACUAGAUAAUGCUGCUAAUGGAGGAAUGGAAGAUGGAUGGGUCUCACCAAGUAGACGAUCAGGUAGUCCUAGAUGCGGACAUAGCAGACAUAGUUCUAAUGCCUCAUCGACCUCGCUAUCAACGCAUGAUAAGAAAUGGAUUGACGUGAUUACAGUACCAUUGAUGAUGGCAUACGUGACUCGGUAUAUUUUUGGUACUGAUAAGUUGAGGCGUAAUGCCUUCGAGCUACGAGGCUUAAACGGCGCGCGAACAGGAGUAAUACAUUGUGAUGACAGCGCUAUUCUUAGUCAAUGGCUGAAGUACAUCACUGACAAUAUCACGGGUUUAACACAUUUACAG